AUGUCUUAUGUUGUUGUCCCGCCGGGACAGUCACCACCUUUCGAGGUUGUCGAUGACCAACAUCAUGGCGCGUGGAUCAUAAUUACUACAGCACUUGGCGUAGCCAUCUCCUUGGUGUGCUGGUUGAUCCGACUUUACGUGCGAUUUGCAUUGACUUCUGGCUUUGGCAUUGCUGACUGGAUAUUGGCGGCGUCCUCGGUUAUAGCUUUGAUACAGUCGAUCAUAAUCCUACUGGCCGCCCAUUAUGGAUUCGGCACAUCGAUAGAGUUAAUAAAGUCUGACGCUGUUGUGCGUAUUCAGAACAUGCUUGUCGCCAGUGACGUCUUGUACAUCAUCACUCAGUACCUUGCCAAAAUAUCCGUCGUGGCUAUUUUACUGCAAUUGACGCCGCAAAGAAAACAUAACCUCGCGACAUGGGUUGUAGGCGGCGUUUGCACGGUAUGGCUGGUGGCAUCUGUUUUACUCAUUACUGUUGACUGUGAGUUUAACAAGCCUUGGGAACCUGCUGCUGAGCAUUGUACGGGUCUGCUUGCUCGAUGGCGGUUUAUCACUUUCUUGGACAUCAUCACCGAAGUCGCGUGGCCUGCACUCGCUAUUGCCAUAGUGUACGAUGUUAGAACUUCUCUGGAUCGGAAGAUUGUUAUCAUGUCUGCAUUUUGCUCGCGUUUACUAAUCAUCAUCUUCGCGGUGUUACGCUUACACUACGAAGGACCCGCGUCUAAAUCACUCGAUCCAACCCUCGCUUUUAUCGAACCAUACCUCUGGGGCGAAACCGCGAUGCAUUACUCUUUGAUUGCAUCCACUGGUUUCUGUCUGCGGCCGUUUAUGAUCGCCGUGAGUACAAAUUAUGGCACUGCAGGCGACGAAUUUUUGAGCAGCAGUGGUGGCGCAGGAUCUGGAAGUAGAACUCGCACAGGUAAAAGCGUUGAUAGCUACGCCAUGAAAGACAUGUCACGCUCUUCACGCGGAAAACGUGGUGGCGGUAGCAUGGCUGGUAACAGUGCCCCCCGCUCAGAUACAUCAGCCGUCCUCGAGGAAAGAUAUGAAGGAUAUAUGGGCACUGGAGUAGAACACGGUUCUUUAGUUGAGGCUACAAGGCGGAAAAUCAGCGGCCAUGAUGCGAGCAGUGUUGGAAGUACCGAAAGUACGAAGAUGAUUAUUCGUAAGAACACGGAUUAUACAGAAGGAUACUAG